UCAAAAUUUCAUGAUUUUUUAUGAAAUUGAGCUGAGUGGUAAAAUUUCUGGAGGAAGUGUGAGCACAGUUCUGUACCCUAUCGAGUCAACUCCAGGAGAUGCCAUCCAUGAUGCAUCGAUGGUGGAAGCAUCCAUGGUGGCCUGUAACAUCUGCACUGACCAUGAAUCGUCCACAUUUGUGACCAACUUGGAUGAUUCAGUUAUUGAUGAACAAUUGGUGUUAUCGCUCUCCCAGGCUCCUGUCAAUAUACAAGGUGUGUCACUACUUGACAUGAUGCAAGGUCUUGCCGAGAGGGGCGCCGAAUCGUAUGAGGGUCGAGGGUCGAAAAGUGGCUCAGCUCUGCUUAGUCAGUCCUUCCACUGUUACAAUAUGGAGGCAGACAGCGUUCUAGGAAUAAUGCAGCCGGCCGUCGAUUCUCUUGCAGAACAUACUACACAGAAAGAAGACUGUUGGCAAGACUCAGUAUGGAAUGGAAUGGACCUGGAUGACAUACCUCAAUUGGAUGGAGCUCCCGACGAAUGUAAUGAAGAACGAGACUUGCCUUCUAGCAGACGACAAACUCGCCAGUCGUUGAAAAGCAGUGCAGAUAUCAUGAGGAAGGAGAGUCCAAUCAGCAAGACUGCCGUCAGAGUGUCAUCGCCCAUAUCCAUCAAUAGUUCAGAAGAUGACAGUUACAUGAGAUGUACUUCCAUGAACAUUUUUAACCAGGAAAGGUUCUGGUGCUCUAAAAAAGAAAACGAGGACAGUGAUUUGGAAGAAUCGCUAUUUGACGAUAGAAUGACUCCGGAUACAUUUUUGAAACCAAAAAUAUCGUCCAGGUUGGAAAAAUGUUUGCGAUUGAACAAUAUAAAACCAUGCAAAGUUGUAAUUGUUAGAUUACCUGAAAAUUAUAAGCAUUUGUCUGUGUGCUUGCGAUUGAACAAUAUAAAACCAUGCAAAGUUGUAAUUGAUAGAUUACCUGAAGAUUAUAAACAUUUGUCUGUGAAAACUCGCUCUUCUAGGCAGAAACAGAAGAAGGAAGCUCUCUUUCCAAAGCCAGAACAGCACAAUGUAGUCGUUGAUGACCGAAAAUUAGUAGACUGCUCAAUGCCAAAUACAAUUUUGAAACCUUCUUUAAAGGUUAUGUAUGAUGUGGAAUCUUCUAUUAAGACUGAAAAACAAUCACCGAACAUUACUGUUCUCAAAUCAGUUGUUAAGGGAUCACCAAUCAAAAACAGUGAUUCUCUGAAUUGGGAUGGUAAAAUUGAUGUGGAAUCUUCUAUUAAGACUGAAAAACAAUCACCGAACAUUACUGUUCUCAAAUCAGUUGUUAAGGGAUCACCAAUCAAAAACAGUGAUUCUCUGAAUUGGGAUGGUAAAAUUGAUGUGGAAUCUUCUAUUAAGACUGAAAAACAAUCACCGAACAUUUCUGUUCUCAAAUCAGUUGUUAAGGGAUCACCAAUCAAAAACAGUGAUUCUCUGAAUUGGGAUGGUAAAAUUGAUGUGGAAUCUUCUAUUAAGACUGAAAAACAAUCACCGAACAUUACUGUUCUCAAAUCAGUUGUUAAGGGAUCACCAAUCAAAAACAGUGAUUCUCUGAAUUGGGAUGGUAAAAUUGAUGUGGAAUCUUCUAUUAAGACUGAAAAACAAUCACCGAACAUUUCUGUUCUCAAAUCAGUUGUUAAGGGAUCACCAAUCAAAAACAGUGAUUCUCUGAAUCGGGAUGGUAAAAUUGAUAAAAAUGUCAAUUCUCCCAAGUCAAAAAUAUCCUCCAGGUUGGAAAAAUGUUUGCGAUUGAACAAUAUAAAACCAUGCAAAGUUGUAAUUGAUAGAUUACCUGAAAAUUAUAAACAUUUGUCUGUGAAAACUCGCUCUUCUAGGCAGAAACAGAAGAAGGAAGCUCUCUGUCCAAAGCCAGAACAGCACAAUGUAGUCGUUGAUGACCGAAAAUUAGUAGACUGCUCAAUGCCAAUUGAGAACAGUCGGCAAGUGAAUCAGGGUGUAGCAGAAUGCUCCGAGAAGGAGUUUGACACUUUUCAAGUGCCUUCCGAUAGAUUUGAAGUUGCUGAAACUAGCUCGAAAAUAGAUGUAGAAGACUGUCAUAACCUAUCCAAGUUGGUAGAAGAGAACCCGAUUGAAUCCAGGUUGUCUGUGAGAUUGGAUCGUAUUGACCAAUCAGUAUUUUUCCUCAGCAAUGAAAAUUGCGACUCGUUCAAAAUCGACAAUCUGUAUGGAUCGUUUGGAGAGGACAUGGAGACUUCAUCGGACGACGAUGUGCCCAUCACACCUUCAGCCAGAAAGACCGACCGCAACAAGGCACGUCUCAGCACACCUCGACCUAGAUACAAACCAUUGAAAGUGAAAAUCACCAAGAGCCCGCCGAGGAAGGUCUCCAAACCUCUGCCCCAGUGCUGGGUCCUCUUGAACAAACUCAAUUUUGAUGACUAUAAAGGAUCUUGUUCGAGCUCAUCAGCCAGCUCGUCACACUGCUUGGCUGGUUAUUCAAAGUGAGUAGCCUCUACUCUACUCAAUCAAGUAUAUCUUCCUUUUAUAUUUAUCAAAUUGUCAAUCAUUUGUUUAUUAUAAUUUAGUAUUUGCUUAUGUAUAUUAAAUACAUAGCCCCAUAGUAUUUAAAUGUAUAAAUCAUUAUUUUUAUUUUUAAAGAUUUAUUUUAGAUAUAAUUAUUAUUUUAUCAACUCAAGAUUCCAAUGUUUAGUUUUUAUGUUACACAUUGUUGAAUGGGCAUAAAUAUGUAGAUAUUUUCAGACCACUGAAGUGAGUAAUUUUUUAUUCAAACAUAAAUACCAUUGACUACAUUCAUGCAUAAAAUAUUCGUAUAUCAGCUAUUGUUAUUAAAUUAUCAUUCUUAAUUUUUACGAAUAUAACCAUUAUCCAUAAUAGAUUUAACAGAAUAUUUUUGUGAUGACAUCUAUCGCAUUUAAUGAGUAAUACCCUUUUUAUGAUAUCUAAGUGCCUUCAUCAGAUAACAUAAGAUUGCUUUUUCUCACUUUUGUAGUUUAUGAUUUAGUGUCGUGUAAUACUAGUUAUUUGCUUGACUUUUCAAGAAUUAUUUUGAAAUGUUGUCAAGUCUAUUCUUAUUUUUUAUUGUUUAAGUUGUUUUAAAGUAUCUAAAACUUGUUUACAUGACAAUAAAGAUUUUGCCCUCCACCAAGAAAUAAACUUGAAAAUUCACGCACAUUAAUUACAUUCAUUAGCAACCUCUAUAAUAAUUACUUAUAAUAAAAAUAAAUAACCUACAGUGUUUAAUAAGAAUAAAUACUUAUUUCUCAACAAUUGUUAUUUUAUAAAAUAUUAAUUUAUUGUUUGGGUAGUAGCUUUCCAUUAAGUCAUUGAUCUUAUUAAGUGAAAACUUAAUAAUUAUAAGUAAUA